UAAGCAUUAAUAUGAUGUAGCAUCUUAUACAACCCGCCUACCUCACCCUAUAAUACUUUCUAAAAAAAGAAAAGCCCCCUAAACUUGUCAUCGAAACUGAAAACCAAUCCCAAACUCGAAAACCACAUAUCUUGCAUAUCUUAACUAUCAAAACCUAUCAAUUGCAGGCGGUUUUGCUGAUCUGGAAAUGGGACCCACAUGUCAGACCCCACAUGUCACAAAUUUGUCCCCUCUUCCCUCCCUCCCCCUCUCUCUCAUGGCGUGCAGGAGCUCCUGGCCCGCUACGCCAGCGUGGGGAGGUCGUAUCGUUGCUGUAACGGCCGCCGCCCUCGCUGGGUUGAGGGGAGGAGAUCCGGGCGUCGCCGCCACUGAUCCGUGAAGGAGGAGGCCUCGGGCGCAUCCGCUGCCGGUCCGCGGGGGAGGGGGCCUCGAGCGCCGCCGCCGCCGCUCGACCACAGGCGAGGGGGUCUCGAGUGCUGCCGCCGCUCGACCGUGGGGUAGGGGCCACCAGCCCGCGCCACUGCUCGACCGCUGGGGAGGGGCCACAAGCUGCCGCCGCUGCUCGACCGCGAGGAGGGGCCACCAGCUGCCGCCGCUGCUCGACCGCGGGGAGAAGCCACCGUCCCCAAACGUGGCGCCAUGGCUCUUGCUCUUGCCAAGAACCAGCAGCAGCGCUGCUGUGGGCGCGGCGUGCUCCAGAGCAGCCGCGCCUGGCACGCGGGCGGGUCUGGAAUGCGAGGUGCACGUGUCCACGCGGGUGGCUGUACAGCGUGCCGGUGAGCCGCUCACCGAGGCCGACCUGCCGGUGUCGGCUGGCCACAGCAUUAGCCACCGGCCGCUGCAAUUAAUUAUGCCCAGGAGCAGGAGAGAUUGAGGGGGAGGGAAGAAAGUUUUGACACGUGGGUUGCAUUGCCACAUCAGCAAAACCGUCUACAAAACAGCUUUGAUGUGGUAAGAGGGUAGUUUAUCUGGUUUUGAUGGUUAAGGUAUGCAAAAUAUCUAAUUUUUUGAGUUUGAGAUUGUUUUUCAAAUUCGACGACAACUUCAGAGGGUAAACGGACUUUUCUCUUCUAAAAAUAUGCUACGAGCAGCAAAGCCUGGCCAGCGAGAGCGUCCAUGUCUGUCAUCAACGGGGAUUCCCCCUUGACCGUCAAUUUUGCAUCGGGUGGCUAACAACUAACAUAUCCGGGGAGAGAAGUUGCCCUAACUUUGUGCCCCGCGCCUCGCGCCCCGCAGUACCGCUCCCUUUCCCCUACGACCAGCCGCCGGCACCCCUCCGCGCCCGCCGGCGAAGUCCCGACGCACCUCCGCGCGCGCUCUCUCUCCCCCUCCUUACCAUCUACCAGAGCCACGACCCCACAUCCAAACGCCGCCGCUUACACGGUCUCGCGCCGCCGAACCUCUUCCCAAUACCCAAGGACGUUUCUUCUCCCUCGAGCGGUCGAACCUAAAUUCCCUUGAUAGCCGGUCAUCGGUCGUUGCUGCUCUGCUCCCGCGGUUGUGCGGUCUCUACUUCGUCGUUCGUACGGGAGCACGAGCAGAGGCGAACGGCUCGGUGGGGAUUGCGCGAUGGAUGGAUACGGAGAGGCGGCCACGGCGGCCAUGGAGGUGGAAACCGAGGCCAGUCCAUGCGCGGGGCUCUCCUCUCCUGUGACAUCAGAUUCCCCAUCCCGAAAUCCUGAUGGAAGCGUGAUCUCGAGACGGCUCGGCCUCAAGAACAGCAUCCAGACCAAUUUCGGAGAUGAUUAUGUCUUCCAAAUUGCUUCUUGCCAGGAGAUCUCAACGCUCGCAGUUUCGUUGUCAACAAAUGCGCUGAAGUUUUAUUCUCCCGCAACUGGACAAUAUCUGGGGGAAUGUAAAGGACAUGAUGGAACAAUUCAUGAAAUCUCCUUCUCAGUUCCAUCAUCACCACAAGUAAUCUGUUCUUGUUCUUCUGACGGAACUGUCAGAGCGUGGGAUACAAGAAACUUUAAGCAGAUAUCUCUGCUAAGAGGAGGUGCGUCACAAGAAAUGUUUACCUUCGCUUUUGGUGGAUCAAGUGGUAACCUACUUGCUGCUGGCUCUAAUGCCCAGGUUCUACUAUGGGAUUGGAGAAAUUCAAAACAAGUUGCAUGCUUAGAGGAAAGCCACAUGGAUGAUGUGACACAAGUAAAAUUUGCACCAAAUCAACAAAGUAAACUCAUUUCAGCCGCAGUGGAUGGAUUAGUAUGUGUUUUUGACACUGAUGGCGACAUUGAUGAGGACAAUCAUCUGCUAUCUGUUAUGAAUGCAGAAACAUCUAUUGCCAAAGUGGGGUUUUUUGGGAAUAUGUAUCAGAAACUUUGGUGUUUGACCCAUAUUGAGACAUUAAGCAUUUGGGACUGGAAUGACGGUUCUAGAGAGUUGAAUGUAGAAGAUGCUCGUUCCUUGGCCACUGAUAAGUGGAACCUUGACCAUGUUGACUACUUUGUUGAUUGUCACUACUCUCUACCUGAUGACCGGAUAUGGUUGAUUGGCGGCACAAGCUCAGGGACUCUAGGUUACUUCCCUGUAAGAAAUGAUCCUGCAGGAGCAAUAGGUCCCGCAGAAGCUAUCCUUGAAGGAGGCCAUACAGGGGUUGUUAGGACCGUGUACCGUGCCGCAGGAACCCAUGGGAGCCUUGGGCAAAAUAGGGGCAUCUUUGGAUGGACAGGAGGUGAAGAUGGUCGUCUGUGUUGCUGGCGCUCUGACGAAAUCGCAGAGGCAAACAAGUCUUGGAUCUCUAGUUCAUUAGUUUCGAAGCUGCAAAAGAAAAUCAAAAGCCGACAUCAGCCAUACUAGCCACCAAGAACAAAUCCGGGUGUAACCUCCUUUGAAAAGCGCAGUGUAAGCAUGCUUAUCUUUAUGCCUCUUAAAUUCUAGGCCGUGAUGAACAUGUAUGAUAUAUCCCUGUAGAACAUUGUAAUUGUUUUUUUUUUGACGCUAAUGGUUGAGAAUGCUACCGUAGUUCACCGCCACUGGCUAUGAAAUCUAUCAAUUUAAUGAAAACUGGAGUAUUGAAGCUUC